AACGAACGGCCAUGGAGGGCGACAGCACGAGCCCAGAGCCUCCGCAGGGCAACCCAGACGCCGAUGAGACCCCAGACAACGGAGAGAAUGGAGCAGAGGAGAGGGAAAGGGAUGACGGUGGUGAGAGGGAGGCGCCGGCGCCUCCAGCAGUGCGUCGUCGUGCGGCUCGGCACACCGUGGGCGCGGCUGCGUCUGUACGGGGUGUGGCGCUGAGCCCGCGGCCCGAUGGGCUGCUCAAGGGACAGCCGGGGCCGUACAAGGCUCUCAACCCAGGUAAUUAGUCAGCGGAAGGAAGCGACGAGCUACGUCUGCAGUGCUGGAUGGAUGGAUGGCGGAUGAUGUGGUGCAGAUUUGUUGGAGGCUGAGAGCUUCCCGUUAGACGACUUGAAGAAGAUCUGCUCAUUCCUGAAAAUGGACGUACGAGAGGGAAAGACAGACAGACAGACAUGCACUGCAGUGAGGACCAUCAGUGUGUGUCUGGUGUGUGUGUUGGUGCAGACGGACGGGACGGAGGUGAGUCUGCUGAAGCGCAUCAAGGCCCAGCACUCAUCCGACAAAGUCCCUAGAACCACCGUACGUAAGACACACAGAGAUAGAUGGCAAUCUGAUCUGCCCGUCCAUCACUGUAUGUAUCCCCCAUUGCAGGUAGAUCCCCGUCUCUGGGACCAGUUGAUGAAGGACGACAGCCACCCCAACUCCGCACCAUCCCAACAGCAGCAACAGCAGCAGCCCAACCGGAUUGGUGCUGGUGCGGGUGCGGGGGGAAGGGGCUCGUUCGGCGGCCGGCUGGUGUUCGGCGGGCAGGGCCGUGGGAGGCGGUCGGUGGCGGGGAGUGGCCGGGCUGGCAGGCGGGCCGCGGCCGUCAACAGGGACAAUGACGAUGACGUCGUCAUGGGUCAGACAGACAGAUGAGAUGGAUGGCGAGGGGAGGGGCAGGGGCUGGGGAGGGAGGGAGUUGUCUGGUCACUGUGUGUAUGUGUGUGGUGUGGUGUGUAUGGUGUGUGGCGUGGCGUAGAUGACCCUUUGCCGCUGCCGCAGAACCUCCACCUGCUGCCGCUGGAGGGACUAGACCUAUCGCACGAAAUCACCACGCCAUGUGGUCGGCUUGACGUGACCACACACGCACACUCAGACACGGGCAACGACCGAUCCCGAUGUGUGUGUGUGUGUGUAUGUGUGUGUGUCAGAGGUGCGCGUGGGUUCGACUAGCGACGUAGAGAUGGAGGGCAGCCAGGACGGCCCCGACGCCGCCAUUGCCGCCAAACAGAGUAUCCUCAGGUAAGGGACACAAACAGACAGACCCAUACGCACACCGUACACUCUCAUGUUAGGCAAACAAAUCCGUCUCUGUCUGCUGCGUGUCUGUCUCUGUGUGUCCUUCAGACGCCGCAAGGGAGACUCCCCGCUCAUACAGAGGGACAAACGUAGGAAGCCAACACCACCACCACCACCACCAAAACACACACUCUCCCCACUCCCUGUCUCCUGCGCGAGUAUCAGCCCUCCCCGGUCCUGGCAACGUCCGCGGCGGCCCCAGCAAGGGUCGUCCCGAGGCCAUCCUGGACAUCAUCGGCAUCAGCGGCACAUACGACCACCCCUACAUACCCAAACGGGAGAGGGACCAGUACGGCCUGCCGGGCAGGCCCAAGGAGAUGCUCGUCUACCAGACCAUCACCGAGAUGAGCUGCCUUAGGAAGGACCAUGGCGAAAUGGUCAGAGAGAAUGGCAAAAGCAAUUGGGCAAAAGGGGAGGAUCGGAGAGAGCAGAGGGGCUCAUGCAUUUGUCUGUCUGUCUGUGUGGGAUGGGCGUUCGGCCACCUGAUCAAUCAGAGUGUGGAGGAGUUGCGCUAUGAGGAUUACCUGCUGACGGGCGAGAUGGACGUCAAGGCUCUCGAGCCUGUGCCGCCGAUCGCCGUCCCCGCUUUAGACUUCAACCGACACGACCAGGAUGACCACAAUAUCGACGCACCCUCACCCUCACCCCCCUCGCCGCCCCCUGUAAGCAGCUCAGACAGACAGACAGACCAUCCUCCGUGUCUGUCUGUCUGUCUGUCUGUCAGGCGGCGGUAGCUGGGGGUGGUGUGGGUGAUGUGGGCACUCCCCCUCCAGUGGCUGCUGGCUGUGUGGCUGUGGGUGUUGGUGUGGGGAGCAGCAGCGGGACCUCUGACGACGCCGACGAGUUUCACUCAUGCCAGGAGGAGUCAGGAGAGGGCGAGGGGGACGGCGGCACACCGGUGCCCGCCAUACCUAAGGACAAGGACGGCAGUACUACGGACAGAGGUGACUGACGAGAGACAGACAGGAGGAGGGAGGGAGGGAGGCAGGAACAGAGUUGCGUGUUGGUUGCUUUGUGUUCAGGUGGUGCUGCUGCAGCAGCGGGCACUAAGUGCGUCCGCUUCGGCGAUGUGGUCGUCAUAGAGAGAGGCAGAGGACCGGCCAGUCAGGAUUCCAGCAGCCCGAGCAGCGGCAGCGGCGACGGCACAUCAGGCAACCACCGCCAUCACCCCCUCUCCCCUCCCCCAGCAGCAGUACCAGCCACACCGCCCCUUCCCGGCCCACAAACCUCACCCUCUCAGGACGGCCAGGGCCCGCUCCGCACGCCGCCCCCCGACACGACCACACAGAAUGGCACACAGGAUGACGGCGAUGGGGAGGGCGAUGGGGAUGUCUUCCCUGACGGCGCCCCCUCAGAGGACGACAAGCGCCGCACUCAAGGUGGCACGCCUAAUCCUGUCGUCAAGAAACGCACACGCAUCGUGGCCGAGCAACAGCAGCAGGAGCAGGAGCAGGAAGAGCACCAGCAGGAGGGAGAGGGAGAGGGAGAUGGUGUAGGGGAUAAUGGUGACUCGGGUGGUGUUGGUGUUGGUGUGAGGGUGUCUGUGCCUGGGCUGAAGCGCGCGAUGGUGUUCAAGCUCAGCAAGGAGGGCAUGCUGCACGAGCUAGAGGAGGGAGAGAGCAGGGAGGCAAUAGGUGCGUGGCACCACACACCAUCACAUCAAGGGCGGUUAGCUGUCCUUUCACUCUCCUGCUUCAUCUCUCUGUCUGUGUGUCUCUCUCAGCUGCCACCGUCCGCGGCCCCAUCCCGACGCUUUACGAGGCGUCGGGCUUCGAGCGUCGGCGGCAGGCCAUGGCCGUGUGGUCGUCGCACAUGGGGGACCUCCCCCAGUCGCCGCCCCAGAGGAGCCGGUCGCCCCACAACCGACGCGCCACACUCAUGGGCACACCCACACCUCAACCUCUAUCGCCCAGACGGGGUCAGUCAGUGUGUUCAGCAGAUACGCUGCCUGCCUGAGGCCUCCCUCUCACCCACCCACUCUCUCUCUGUGUGUGUGUCUCUGUGUGUGUGUGGUUGUGUGUGUGUGUAGGUGUGAAGCGGUCGCAUCCUUCGCCCAGCCCCGACGAGGACGAUCAGGCUGGCGAAGAAGCCAUGGCGGAUGAGGUUGGUGGUGGUGGUGGUGGUUGUGGUGAGGAUGAGGUGGAGUCCCCGCCACGCAAGAGGGCCAAGAAGGACAGGAGCGUCCGGUUCUCGCCCAUCAAUGAGGUUGGUAUGCAUUGCUUGCAAGAGAGGAAGACAGACAGACAUGGAUUGCAUUGCAGGGACUAUGUUGGGUCGCAUGUCAUGUGUGGUGUGCACUGCAGGUUCAGAUCAUGGAUAAGGAGGGGAUGUUCCGCCAGUGGAGCCCCAACGGAUGAGACAGACGAGUGAGCACCGAGGCUGGACUGGCGGACGGGCCACGCCACGCCACGCCGCGCCACGCCUCUCCUCCCAUACUGACAGAUAGCCACCCGCCCACAAAGCCAUCUAGACAUCUAGACACACACACACACACACACGCACACACACACGCACACACGUCACUUCACACAUGUGGAUCGGAUCGACCAGGAAGGGAAGGUUGUGGGCCAGGUCCGUG